CACACGCUCCGCGUUGUAGCUCGGGGUCGCAUCUGCAGCGACAGAGCUCCGCGCUCGGGCCGCUGCUCCCGCUGCUCCCGCAGCUCCCGCGCCUAGCCCUCGCCUCGGGGCUCAAUAAGAGGCCACAGCUCUCCAACACCCCGCUCGUUGGCGGAGCGUAAAGGAGAUCUUGGGGUGACUUUUGAACCUCCUGAUUCAGGGGAGGGAUCACCCAAUAGUGGAAACAUGCCCAACGAGGAUUCUUACAGCAAGCCCUCGACGUCGUCCGACGGGCACCCUGGGCCCGGGGGCAAGGCCGGGGGUUUCGGGAAAGGCACAGGUUCCAUGCUAGGAGUGGCAGGAGGCAGCGGUGGCAGCGGUGGAGCCGGGGGCAGUGGAGGAGGCUCGGGCUCGGGCUCCAGCGGCUUGGGGCCGUCGGGGGCAGCGGGGAAGAAGUCUCCGCGCCUGCCCAAGUGCGCGCGCUGCAGGAACCACGGCUACGCGUCCCCCCUGAAGGGACACAAGCGCUUCUGCAUGUGGCGGGACUGCCAGUGCAAGAAGUGCAACCUGAUCGCCGAGAGGCAGCGGGUCAUGGCCGCUCAGGUGGCAUUGAGAAGACAGCAAGCACAGGAGGAGGAGCUCGGGAUCAGCCAUCCUAUUCCCUUGCCCAGUGCUGCAGAACUGCUUGUUAAGAGAGAAAAUAAUGGGAGCAGCUCCUGCCUGAUGUCUGAGAGCAGCAGUCCAACCCAGGCCCCAAGUACUCCAACCACAUCUUCAGAGGGUCGGAUGGUCAUUCAAGACAUCCCUUCGGUCACCAGCAGAGGGCACCUGGAGAACACAUCUGACCUGGUCUCAGAUUCCACCUAUUAUGGCAGUUUUUACCAGCCCUCUCUCUUUCCAUACUACAACAAUCUGUACAAUUACCCUCAGUAUUCAAUGGCUUUGGCCACUGAUUCCUCUUCUGGGGAAAUGGGGAGCACACUUGGGGGAUCCCCAGUGAAAAACAGCCUUCGGAGCCUACCAGCAACUUAUGUGUCUGGCCAGUCAGGAAACCAGUGGCAGAUGAAGAACACCGAGAAUCGUCAUGCCAUGGGUUCCCAGUAUAGGAUGCAUUCUUAUUAUCCCGCGACUUCAUACCUGAGCCAGAGUGUGUCACAGAUUUUCGCUUUUGAAGAUAGCCCUUCUUAUUCUGAAGCCAAAGCAAGUGUAUUCUCACCACCCAGCAGUCAAGAUUCUGGCUUAGUUUCCCUGUCCAGCAGCUCACCUAUUAGUAAUGAAAGCACAAAAGGUGUUCUGGAGUGUGAGUCUGCAUCUGAGCCUGGUACCUUCACAGUUAAUGCUGUCAUUGAAGAUGAUGAAUAAGGCAAGUUCCCAAUACAAGUCUGUGGUUUAUUUGGAAUAGCAGGCCAAUUCUAUUAUACGCAUAGUGUUUGUUGUUUAUCUUUUGCAUUGACUGAUGGCUGAAGUAACUGUUGAGAAAGUGUUCAGUUUGUUCUUUUCACUGCUUAUGCUAUACUGACCAAAGGCUAAAAUAUAUUUGUCAUGGUUUUAGGGAAAAUAUAACUUUACAAAACGCACUGCAGAAUUAAAUGCCUUGCCCUUGGAGUUUAUAUAAAAUAGUUUCCCCUGCUUCUUAUAAUGCUAUUUUAAAAGUAUUUUUCAAUAAAUGCAGGAUGCUUAAGCAAAUGAGUAUAUUUACAUGUAAAUGAACCACAGUUGAGACAGGUACUUUAUUUUAGUUUAAGAUGAACUGUUGGGCUCCCAAGAAAUUGUAGUUUAAAUGCAUAGACUGCUACAGUAUAAAUUUAGCCAAGCCCUUGGCUGGAGAACCAGAGACAGCAAGAUGAGCAAGCUUGCAUAUGAUGUAAUUUAAAAUACACAGAAAGAAUUAGAGUAAAUGAAAAUAUUGCAUUGUGUGUCUAGCAGAAAUGAUCUUUAUAUUACUACUUUUAAAAACUUGGCAUAGUGUAAAGAAUCCAAAUUAUGAUUGAAAUAGUGUCUGGAAACUUAUAGGCCCUGAAGAAUUAUAACAUGUAUGUAGAAUGUAAUCUGAUAGUGUGUUUUAAAGCCCUGUGAUGCACAGUUCUUGACUGUUGUUUCUAGUCUAAUAUUAGAAUUUUUGAUUAAUGCACAUUCAUUUUACAAGCAACAUAAAAUGAACCUUUUACAUAUUGCAAUUUAGUCUACUUUUUAACAUUAGAUUGUAAUCUAAAUUGAAAGCAAAUCUGUCUUUAAAAGUUCUAGAGAUUUCUGGAUUUAUUAUUUUGUUUAAAAUUGCUUGUGGAAUUCUUCCCCUUGUAACAGAAACCAACUGAAUGAAACUCCUCUUGAAAAAAAUUCAUUGUUUUGUGUAGUUGCAGGUGUACCUGAAAUAAAAACAUUAUUGAUGACUGAA